AUGGCGACGCCGCGGGAGGCGCCGAAGUGGAAGCGAGGAAAACGAAGGAUCGCGCAUAAACACGCGCGGCCGAAGACGCUGAUCGAUGAACUGGUGCGGGAACACGGUGUGAUUCAUGGAACGCACGCGCGGGGACAGGUGUGGAUCGGGGCGACGCGAAGGUUGGCGUACGUGUUGGAGCAGACGUGCCUGGGGAGACGGGCGCGCGCGGGUACGGAACGAGGCAUUCCGUUGCGACCGAACGGGAGCGGAAUCGAGCUGGUGAUUCGGAUGUGCUGUGAGGAUGCGUAUUACGUCGCGAGCGUCCUCGGAUGCCUGUGCGUGAGCGAGGUGAUUGAGGGACGAGAGAUGGAGGUGAAGCUCGGGUUGGGGACGUGCGACAUGGAUCUCGGGACGCUCUGGCGACGGUUUCGACGCGACUGCGGACACGCGUUCGCGAUGAAGUGCGCGGCAACGAUGCACUUCAGGAUGCUCGGGUGGCUUCCGAGGAGCGGGUUACAGUACGGUGCGGAUCUGGUGUUGUAUCAGCGACAUCCGGCGCUCGUGCACAGCGACUUUGUGGUGACUCUGGUGCCAGACGUCGGCGCGCGACAGAGCUUUGUCUUGGACACCUCGGCGAAUCGUGCGGUGGCGCUCGACGCGGGUUGGCCAGAUUGGCCCGAUGUCCAGGCCACGUCGAGACUGGCGGUGCAGGUGAAUAAGAAGUUUUUGCAGGCGCACGUCUCGGCUCCAAAAAAUUUGAACUGGGACGACCCCUCGUGUCUGUCGCACGUUUGGGUCAACGAGAUCUCAAUAUCACGCUUCCGCUCGAACAGAAAUAUUGAGUCUUAUGCCGAAGUGGAGUAG